CGAAGUAUUAUUGAUUUAUUGCCUGCUUCCAUCUAGAAAAAGCUUUUUCGUAAAGUGCGCUGAGCUUUUGAUUGAAACUAAACAAUCAAAGCCCUAAGAUGUCCUACUUGCUCACGGAAAUUGCUCUGGAAAUGCUGGGCUAUACAUUCUACGAUAUCAAUGGCGGCUGUCACUUGACAAACUUUCAAUUGGACCCUUCUGGGGAACAGUCUGAGCCCCUGCACCCGGAAGGGCCUUCAUUACAAGAAUAUAUAGAGCAGAAGAACUCUAAUAUAGAGGCCAAAAAAGAACAGAGUGCAAAUGAUCAUCCGGAAGUGUCUUCGAUUACAACCGUUUCACUUCCGACAAUGCCAGCAGCAGAAAAUGAAACUAAUGAAGACGAAGAGAUCCCAUUACACGAAUACAUAGAGCAGGUGGACUCUGAUACUGAGGCCGAUACAGAACAAAAUGAAAAUGAUCAAUCGAAAGUGUCUUCGAUUACAACCGUUUUACUUCCGACAAUGCCAGCAGCAGAAAAUGAAACUAAUGAAGACGAAGAGAUCCAAUUACACGAAUACAUAGAGCAGGAGGACUCUGAUACUGAGGCCGAUACAGAACAGAAUGAAAAUGACCAAGCGAACGUGUCUUCGAUUACAACCGUUUCACUUCCGACAAUGCCAGCAGCAGAAAAUGAAACUAAUGAAGACGAAGAGAUCCCAUUACACGAAUACAUAGAGCAGGAGGACUCUGAUAUUGAAUCCGAUACAGAACAGAAUGAAAAUGAUCAGCCAAAAGAUUCUUCGUUUACAAUCGUUUCGUCUGGAGAAACGAAUGCACAACGCCCACGAGCAGUAUCGAUAGAACAAAUGUUAAACCUCAAUAUUCCGCCUUCGUUCUUCAACUUGGAGGAUUACUUCAGCUUUGACGAGGUUAAGCCUAAAGAAGACAGCAAAAGCUUAAUGACAUUGCGUCAGUUUUCAAAGGAUCGCUGGCAAAAUCGUAUGCAAAAGCGUUCUCACAAAAGAACUUUUAAUGCAGAGUAGAGGACGUUUAUACAAUUUAAAAUUAAGCUAUACUAUGUCUCAUAAAAAUAACCAAUGUGAUUUAAUCU